AACAAUUUUUGUUUACAAAUUUCAGUCUGAAAUGGCAACAAAUAAGUUUUUUUGCUUUUCUGAACUUGUCGAUAGUCUUCUUGAACAUAUUUUUAGCUAUCUAAGCCUUAGUGACAUCAGUAAUUGUACAAGAGUCUGUAAAUCUUGGAAUCGUUAUCUAAGUGAUGAGAAUAAUGAAUGCUGGCGCUAUCAUUGCCUACGAAAGCUUUCAGAAAAAGCUUUGAAAUCAGAUUUGUUAGUGUCCAUUCCAACAUAUAAAGCAAAGUUGCGAGCUUUUUAUCAUGCCUGGAAUCCAUUGGAUUGCUCAAGGCACAUUUACAUAAAACCAAAUGCCUUCACUCUUCAUCGAAAUCCUGUUGCGCAGUCUACAGAUGGAGCUCGAGCGAAAAUUGGCUUUGAGAAUGGAAGGCACGUCUGGGAAAUAAUGUGGGAAGGACCUCUUGGGACUGUAGCAAUUGUCGGUAUAUCGACGAAGGAUGCAAUUCUCCAAUGUCACGGCUAUGCACCUUUGCUAGGUUGGGACGACCAAAGUUGGGGCUGGAAUUUGGUUGACAAUUAUUUACUUCAUAACGGCGAUGCUGGAAAUUUUCCUUUACUGACAAAUGCACCAAAAUAUCAAGUGGGGGAAAAAAUUAAAGUAAUCUUAGACUGCGAGAGUCACUGUCUUGCAUUUGAGAAAAAUAAUGAAUUUCUUGGUGUAGCAUUUAGAAAUCUACCAUGCAAAAAACUUUAUCCCACAAUUACAGCUGUCUAUGGUAACACUGAAGUCUCAAUGGUUUAUUGUGGUUACCCUUUUGAUGGUUAAUAGUAUUUAACUUUCAAAUAUUAUUUAGUCAUGUCCAUGAGUCAUUCUUACCUAGUCAAAAGCAUUCCUUAAAAUGUGUGUUCAAUUUUCAGAGCAAUUUUAAUUUAUGACAUCAAUUUAUCACGAAAGAUCUCUUAUCUAGUCACUAAUGUAGAUUUCUACAUAUUAAUUUAUAUUAAUUUAAAAGCUAAAAAUAAAAAGUAAAAUCUUUCACG